AUGAGUAUUUUACAUUUUGGCCGAAAAUUUUCUUUUAACAAUGUUAUAAGAGAACGUGGCAAUUAUUACAUUUUCAAACGCUUAUUCAAUUCCAGUUCGGUUAACUUUGCCGAAGAAACUAAAAAAGGCGGAGAUUCCGAUACUUUGAAAAAUAGUUUUUUUAAUCCUCGCACUCCAAAUGCCUCUGAAGAGCAACAGCAAGUCGAAGCGAACUCUACGCCAAUAUCGAAGGCUAGCUCCAUAGUUCAUAGCAUUCUUCAUGGCUCCACACGAGCCAAAGAAGAAUUGAUGCAAACCCAUUCGAAGUUGGUCGCCCGGGGGAAAUAUGUACAUGAGUUAGUAACAUUUAAUGCUGACAUUAUUCAUUCGUUUUUGUUAGAACACAAAAUAAAACCGAAAUAUCUGGACGAUUAUAUUAAAUUAAUCUCGGAACAUUAUCCUCGAAUAGCAAAUGAUCCCGCAAAUGCAUUACAUCUUUCCGGAAGCUGGCAGACGGAAGUUGGGGAUCUCGAUUCUUUUUUUCACCUUUGGGAAUACAACGGAUAUACCGGUUAUCAGGAAACUAAAAAUCAAUUGAAAAAUGAUCAGAUUUAUCAGGACUUUGAAAAAAAAAUAAGGCCAAUGAUUCUGAGUCGCACGAAUCAAAUAUGUCUUGAAUUUGCUUUUUGGCAAACUAGUCCACCUGCUGUUCAUGGUGGAAUCUAUGAACUGAGAUCCUAUGGCUUGAAGCCGGGUCAUUUGUUAGAAUGGGAAACAUAUUGGCAUAAAGGGUUAGAAUGUCGUCGUCAAUUCUGUGAACCUGUGGGAGCUUGGUUCUCUCAAUUAGGUACACUCAAUUGUGUACAUCAUAUGUGGAAUUAUCCUGAUCUUGAAACGCGUAAAACUACUCGUGAACAAGCAUGGCAAGUUGAUGGAUGGGCCGAAACAGUGUAUAAAACUGUUCGAUUGGUUCAAAUGAUGGAAACGGCAAUAUUGAUACCUCUGCCAUUUAGUCCGCUUCGCUAA